AUGCUGUCAGCGCUGGAGCCAACGAACUGCACCGUUUGUUGCUGUACGCUUGCCAACAAAAUAUUGAUGGUGGUGUUUAUGGUCUUCUUAAUCUUUGCGAUACUAUUUGGGAACGCCGUGACGUUAGCUGUGGUUUUGGGAACCAAACAUUUCCAAACGCCGCAGGGCUACCUGAAAGCGUCCCUGGCCACUGCGGACCUGGCCGUGGGCAUUUUCGUGGUGCCGCUCUCUGUUUACGCAGAGCUUUCCAUUUUGAUCAAUGGCUCCACGCCUGAAUGGACAAUGCUCAAUUCACGGGACGUUACAUUUCACCCGUGCAUUUUUAUUGGACCAAUGUUUGCGGGAUGCACGUUCGUUUCAAUUACGACCAUCUUUCUCCUCACCAUCGAGCGGAGCAUCGCUGUGGUGAAGCCCCUACACAAGGAGGCGGUGAUUACAAAGAGGAGAACAACGGUCCUUAUUGUUUUGUCUUGGGUAGGGAGUUUCCUCCUGGCUGUUACCCCCAUUUUAUUCAGCCAGGACAUUAAUCUGGAAUACAACUCUUGCAGCAGGAUGUGCAAUUACGCAUUGGGCGGGAAUGGCUUUCCCUCUCAGGCAUGGAACGUUCUUUUACUUUUCCCAGCAUUUGAUUUUACUCUGCUUGGGGGCACGGUGGUGAUCAAUAUCAUUUCCUUCUCUUCCAUCCGACAGCACUCAAAGCGAAGGAAACAUCUCGUGGAGGCGGACUGCCAGACCACAACCAAACCCACUUUCUCCGACAUCAAUGCCGCGAAGACCAUAGGAACGUUGACCCUCGCUUUCACAGCAUCCUUCACCCCCAUCGCCGUCUUUGUGGUGGGCAAUGUCAUCGGAAAUGAAUGGUGCAAUUUUUCGUUUUUUGCUUUCUGGAUUUUAGCCACAAACAGUUGCUGGAACGUCAUUAUAUACAGCGCCAGAGACCAAAAGUUUCGACAUCGCGCGCAACAGCUUCUAUCGACACCGCUGGGGAGAACUGAGGACAGUACUUGA